CCUCGCGCGCGCGCGCACGGCAGCCUCCGUCUCCGUCCGUCCGUCCGUCCCCGGAGGCGGCAGAGAAAGAAAGUUGCUGGGGCAAGAAUGGGGUGCAAAAGUGACCUGGCUGACCAGCUGCAGGAGGAUGGCAGUGAUGGAAUGAAUGCUGUUGCUGCUGAAUAUGAAGAAGGCAGUGAAGAAGAAGAACCAUUUGAACGUGAAUUCUACGAUGAUGAUGAUGACGAAGACAAUGUGAGUGAGCCAGAGACACAAGCUGUGGAUCCUUGUGAAGAUCAUUUGGCAGAAGAAGAGGAGGCUAAUGGAGACGAACCUUGCGAUGGCGCCACCCCACUUGAAGAUGAGGAUUCCAGUUACGAUGAACCUUUUGUUGAUGAACUCUGUUAUGAGGAAGAAGACAGUGGCGAGCAGGACUCAUAUUAUGCGGAGCCUUUCACGGAUCAGCUCUGUGAAGUGGAGCCAUGUGAUGUUAAGGUGGCUCAUGCGGAAAACUUUGUGAAGAAAAAGUCCAGUCCUGUUGAGGCUAUCAAGAAGGAACAAAAUGAGGAAGAGGUCCUAAAACAGGCACUGGGAAAAGGCAGCAGCCAUGAGCACAAGGCGGUACCAGUGACUGAUGAAAUUGAAUUGAAGCCGUUCAAGAAACGAUUGUCUGUCAGGUUUGCUACUGAUGUGUCUUGUUACACAUACAGUACUGAAAGUUUUGGUGCUGCCAAAUUGGAGAAAAGGAAAGCUCAGUUUGAUGACCAGGACAGCCGCUUGUGUAAGAGGCAAGAACACACAGUUUCUUUACCUCAGGAAGGUGUCAAGCUGAAAGAAGUGGAUGACACUAACCUGUAUGUGGGUAACCUGCCAGCUUCUGUGACUUCUAACAAGCUCAAAGAGCUGUUUCUACCUUUCGGACGAAUCGUUCAAUCAAGAGUGGCGGAUGAUCGUUUCACUGGUGUAAGCCGGGGAUAUGGCUUUGUGAAGUAUGCUGAACCUCGUAGUGCCACAGCAGCUAUUGGACGCAUGAAUGGGCGCCUGGUUGAUGGGAAAACAUUAGAGGUUAGAGUAGCUGAAGUUUCAGUUCCACCAUCAGUAUCCAAUCCAUCCAUGCAGUCCGUGUCAGAAACUUACGGUCUGCCCUCAAAGGAAAUCGACCCGAGCCACUUGUAUGUCUGCAAUCUCCCCUUAGCCAUGGACACGCUGAAGCUACUCGAGUAUUUUCUGCCUUUCGGGAAAGUAACUGAUAUAAGGAUGCCCAGGGAUCACACCACAGGUUUAAGCAAAGGAUAUGGCUUUGUGAAGUACUCUGAUUCUCAUCAUGCAGCUCAGGCCAUCAUCCAUUUGAAUGGAUUUCUGGUUGAGGGUAAAAAGAUAGAGGUCCGAUUGUACGACAGCUCUCCACCCAGACCCACCAAGGAAAUCGACAUGGCCAAUCUAUAUGUCUGCAACAUUCCUGUAUCCAUUGACACAAAUAAGCUGGUUGAGCUUUUCUCGCCAUUUGGUAAGAUCACGCAAGCUAGAGUGGCAGCAGACCAAGGAUAUGGCUUCGUCAAGUUUGCCGAUUCUCAGUGUGCUGCCGAGGCUAUCGCACUGAUGAAUGGAUCACUGGUUGAAGGGGAGACAUUAAUUGUCAGAGUUGCAGGCCUUUCAUCAUCAGCAUCCAGCUCAGCUGUACAAGUCUCGCCAAUUGCCUCUCCAGAAAUCAACAAAUCUAGACUGUACGUCACUAACCUUCCGCGGACCGUGAACGCUGAUAAGCUGGUUGAACUUUUCGUGCCCUUUGGUCAGAUCAGCAAAGUCAUGAUCAAUCUGGAGUAUAGCCUGGUGUUCUAUGCAGAUGUAGCGUCAGCGAUCAAGGCUGUCGAACGCAUGGAUGGGUAUCUAAUUGGUGGAAAGAGGCUAGUGGUCAGGCGAUCAGACUCCUCUUGUCCAACCGAUGGAGCAGAGCAUGCUUCCUCACAGUCAGCUGCCAAGCCCACGAGAGAAAUUGAUAUGGCCAACUUGUGUGUUGCCGGUAUCCCACCGACGAUGACCGGCGAUCAGCUGGUAGAGCUUUUCCGGCCAUACGGACAAAUCGUGCAAUCUAGGAUGUUUCGUGGGUAUGGCAUGGUUAGGUACGAAAACCCUUCGUCUGCCGCUGCUGCAAUUGAUCAUAUGGAUGGUUAUCUAAUUGGAGGAAGUACCCUGGCUGUGAGAAUAUCAGGCCUUCCUAAUCCUGUCGAUUUCAACGCUGCAGCAAACGCUCCUCUAACACUGCAACAGAGGCCUGCCAAUGCCAAUGCUGCUGCAACAAAUCCCAUGGAUCCCUACGCUGCCACAAAUGCUCCCCCAACACCACAACUGCAACAACCGUGGCCUGCCAAUGGGCCGCAGAAACAUAUCGACAUGACCAACUUAUAUGUCUGCCAUCUCCCGCCCUACAUCACCACUCAAAAGCUGACGGAACUCUUUCUGCCAUGCGGCCAAAUCACUCAAGCCAAGGCAGUUGUUGACCUAUGCACUGGUGUGUGCAAGGGAUAUGGAUUUGUCAAAUUUGCUGAUACUUAUGCUUCUGCCGUGGCUCUCACUUACAUGAACGGUUACCCACUGGAGGGCCACAUCUUGGAGGUUAGGAUAGCCGGUGUCCAUCAAAGCGCUAUGGGUGGCUACAUGGCGCAUCUCUACUCCCAGUUCACAGUCCCUGAUCCCUCAAAGACGGCGAUUGGAGUACCAACGUCGCAUUGGCCAUACCAUUGUGCUGCUGAAUCAGCAUACACUGAGAACCAGGGCCAGGGAACUGACGCUGCUUCUCAAACAUCUCAGCCGCCUGAAUCUCUAUCAGCCAGUUCAUCAUUUGCUCCUGACAUGGAAUGGUCUCCUGUGUCCUCAACCCAUCUCGCCGACACUAGUUCUCAGCAGCAACAGUUGUCAAGCCAUGCAACAGACACUAGUUCUCAGCAGCAGCAACAACCUUCAGCAGGCUGGGCCGGUCCGCCUGGCUUCGAGCCCCAUCAUGUGCAUGCGGCGGUCUCUCCCCCUCAGCCGCCGUCGUCAGCAGUACCUUGGGCUGGCCCGCCCGGCUUCGAGCCCCAUUCCAUCCCCAAGAAAGAUGCUGCCGCCGCGACAAAACCUUCCCAACGUUGCUCCAAGGUCCAUCUGGCACAGUCAGGAGGCAGCCAGAAAAGGCGUUCGAUUGUCUAGCACCAUCAGUGGACCUCUUAUAUUACUUCUGGAACAAAAUGAAAGAUCCAUGUGCUAAUUACCAUCAUUUGGUUUAGCCAAGUAUUUAACUAGUAGUAGUAGACUUGGUUGGUUAGGGCGAGCUGGCUGGUAAAAUGAAGACAAUUAAUUGCCAGCGUAAUCGUAUUGUUAAUUAGCCUGCAUGGUUAUUUGUGACGCCA